CACUGAAGCAGUCGCGAUGUGGGUGAGAGUCCAGCCCUGGGCCUGAGUGCCGGGCCUAAGCCGGCUAGCGCAAGGCGGGGAGUUGAGAAGACAGUUGCGUGGCGUGGGGCGCCGCGAGGGCGCUGUGCUCUCAGAAGCUGUUACGCCGGCCCGAUUUUCCGCGGCUGUAUAAGGAGUAGCCCUUCGGUAGCCGGAGAGCUGGAGGGGAACCUGAUUUGGGAUCAUUUCUUGGAGAACACAAAGAAGUGUGGUGGUAUGUUCCAGUGUUGUGAUUAAGCAUGUAUACUCUGGAGCCAGACCGCUUGGAUUUGGAUUCUAGCUCCACCCCUUCCCAGCUGUGUGACCUUGAGAUUGAACCAGCUGCCCUUUGACCCUGCCAACAACAACGAACCCCUGCAGUUUGGUAGUGCCAGUGGCCCUCUGGUCACAGAAGGCCUCAUUGAGAAUGGAGGGGAGUCCAGCAAGAAAAGAAAGAGAACAAAUGCUCCUUCAGAAAUGACUAGAGGGCUAAGUCCACGGUGCAGUACUACACAAUGCAAAGAGAUUUUAUUUGGCUGUGGGUCUAUGAAAUAGGCUUUGCAGCUGAUAAUAGUAGAACUCUGAAUGUGGAUUCCACUGCAAUGACGCUACCUAUGUCUGAUCCAACUGCAUGGGCCACAGCAAUGAAUAAUCUUGGAAUGGCACCACUGGGAAUCGCUGGACAACCAAUUUUACCUGAUUUUGAUCCUGCUCUUGGAAUGAUGACUGGAAUUCCACCAAUAACUCCAAUGAUGCCUGGCUUAGGAAUAGUACCUCCUCCAAUUCCACCAGAUAUGCCAGUAGUAAAAGAGAUCAUACACUGUAAAAGCUGCACGCUUUUCCCUCCAAAUCCAAAUCUUCCACCUCCUGCAACUCGAGAACGACCACCAGGGUGCAAAACAGUAUUUGUGGGUGGCCUUCCUGAAAAUGGGACAGAGCAGAUCAUUGUGGAAGUGUUCGAACAGUGUGGAGAGAUCAUUGCUAUUCGGAAGAGCAAAAAGAACUUUUGUCACAUUCGCUUUGCUGAGGAAUACAUGGUGGACAAAGCCCUUUAUCUUUCUGGUUACCGCAUUCGCCUGGGCUCUAGCACUGACAAGAAGGACACAGGCCGGCUCCAUGUUGAUUUUGCACAGGCUCGAGAUGACCUGUAUGAGUGGGAAUGCAAACAGCGUAUGCUCGCAAGGGAGGAGCGCCACCGCAGAAGGAUGGAAGAAGAAAGAUUGCGCCCACCAUCCCCACCACCAGUGGUCCACUAUUCAGAUCACGAAUGCAGUAUUGUUGCUGAAAAACUAAAAGAUGAUUCCAAAUUCUCAGAAGCUGUACAGACCUUGCUCACCUGGAUUGAACGAGGAGAGGUGAACCGUCGCAGCGCCAACAACUUCUACUCUAUGAUCCAGUCAGCCAACAGCCACGUUCGCCGCCUGGUGAACGAGAAAGCUGCCCAUGAGAAAGACAUGGAAGAAGCAAAGGAGAAAUUCAAGCAGGCCCUUUCUGGAAUUCUCAUUCAAUUUGAGCAGAUAGUAGCUGUGUACCAUUCUGCCUCCAAACAGAAGGCAUGGGACCAUUUCACAAAAGCCCAGCGUAAAAACAUCAGCGUUUGGUGCAAACAAGCUGAGGAAAUUCGCAACAUACAUAAUGAUGAAUUAAUGGGAAUCAGGCGAGAAGAAGAAAUGGAGAUGUCCGAUGACGAAAUAGAAGAAACCACAGAAACAAAAGAAACUGAGGAAUCAGCAAACCAGGGAGAGAAUUACCAGAAGGGAGAUAAAAAUACCAGCCAAAAGACCAGUAUUUUCAGCAAUGAAGGAGAGUUUCCGUUUGCUCCACAUCCUUGUCAGCACUUGGUGGUGUCAUUGCUUUGGAUUUUGGCCAUUCUAAUAGUAUCACAGGCAGAAGCUCUGAAGGAAGAAAAUGACAGCCUCCGUUGGCAGCUCGAUGCCUAUCGGAAUGAGGUAGAAUUGCUCAAGCAAGAACAAGGCAAAGCCCCCAGAGAAGACGACCCAAACAAGGAACAGCAGCUGAAACUCCUGCAGCAAGCCCUGCAAGGAAUGCAACAGCAUCUACUCAAAGUCCAAGAGGAAUACAAAAGGAAAGAAGCUGAACUUGAAAAAGUCAAGGAUGACAAGUUGCAGGUGGAAAAAAUGUUGGAAAGUCUUAAAGAAAAGGAAAGCUGUGCUACUAGACUGUGUACAUCGAGCCAGGACAGUGACUACCCUCUUGAGAAGACCCUGAACAGCAGCCCUAUCAAAUCUGAACGUGAAGCACUGCUCGUGGGGAUUAUUUCCACAUUUCUUCAUGUCCACCCAUUUGGAGCAAGCAUUGAAUACAUCUGUUCCUACUUGCACCGUCUAGAUAAUAAGAUCUGCACCAGCGACGUGGAGUGUCUCAUGGGCCGGCUGCAGCACACCUUCAGGCAGGAAAUGACCGGGGUCGGAGCCAGUCUGGAGAAGAGGUGGAAGUUCUGUGGCUUCGAGGGCCUGAAACUGACCUGAAUGCCGCGGCCUUACAGCCUGGGCUCCUGCAGAGAAAUGUGCGGUGGACGCGCUGAGAAAGUGAUUUGUAUUCUCAAUGGUUUUCAAGUGGGAAGUGCUUUAAAUUUGCAGGUCCUUCCCGGGAUAUCUUUUGAGUUAAAAUAAGGAUCCUAGAGCAGCACCUCAAGCUACAGGCCCUAAAAAGACACGGACUCAGACCCUCAAGCGCUGUAACUUGCUCCCUUUCUGUCAGUGGCUUGUCUCUUUUAUUAGUGAUAUUGAAAAAGGCCUGAGGCUAAAGAGUAUUUGGGGUGUUUUCAGUGUCUGUACUACUGUUGUAGAGUUUGGUAUUUUUUUAAACACUGUUAAUUGAAAUGUUUUGAUGAUUUGUAUGUGAUUUGUGUUUCAAAACUUCUCUUCACGUUAAUGUUGCUACUGGUGAGAGGAAUGAGAGGAGCACUAGGUACUCCAUAACUGACGUGGUCUUUCCAAUCCCCAGUAAGCCAGUAAAUGAAUAACACAGCGUCUUCUAGAAGGUGCCUGACCAGGCUCCCCUUUUAAAAGACAAAGCAUGGUUUGUAGCUUUUUGCAAAAUUACUGUGAACCAAAAGUUGACAAAUGUUCUGAAGUUAUUUUCUCUAAUAUAUCAGAUUAAAAACAUCUAGAUGUAUUCGCAGAAAGCAAGUGUCCAGUAUGACUGGCAUGUGUAUGUGCUAUUCAGAAUCACCUUAUAAAUAGUCUGCGUUUAAAGGAGGGCAUGUUUAGUUUUCUAUGAAUUAAAACACACGUGUGCACAUGUGCACAUGCACGUACACACACGUUAGCAGAAGGGAUUCGUUUUAAUAUGCCUUCCCUCUGGCCUUCUUACGAAGUCUGUUGGUCCCUUUUCUUCUGCCAUCAGUGUGUUGAAUUGCAAACCAUGUACCGCUGUAAAUACUAUGUUCACUUCAAGCUGAAUGUUUGCAAACAGUUCGUAUGAGUAUUAGUAGAAAACUCUUGGUAAUGAAUGAGCCUGGGUGUGUGAGGCUUCCUGCAAAUUGCUCAGCUCCUCCUGGAGCGCCGAUGGCCGUGGGCACCUCCAGUUCUAUGGUGCCCUCCAGCAGAUUGCAAUGGCAGAGUGUACGUGGACCAGUCAGGAAGUCCUGCUUGAUGGAAACGAAAGAGAAAGGAUGAGGAUUUAGGGCUAAUAUCCUGAGGCACAGAUGAUCUUUUCUUCUGUGGUGUUGCUGGUGUUUAUAGUAACACAAGCAUGCCCUCCCUUGAGUCUUCAUUCAGAAUAAAAGAAUGUACUAAGUAAGCAAAGCCAAUGAAGAGUAUUUCAGGAAAAUACUUUGUAAAUGAGAUGUCUGUAGUGUGUUCAAAGUUGUAUUUUUCAAAGAUAAAUAUUCCUUUUUUAUACCUCAGUUUGGUGUUCUGUUUUGAAUUACUUGCUCUCUAAUCCUUUAGUGAAUCAUCUCGAUUUCUUCUUUGGAGUACCAGGAUGUUGAAAGAAGAUGCUAAACCUUCGCCUUGACAACUAGAAAUAGGGCCCCACAGCAGCUCAGUCACGCAUAAAGCUGGCUUCCCCCUGAAGCACCCAGCUGUGGCACGAGCAGGGAGCUGGGGUUAUUUUUACUCUAGCCUCCUCCCUGAAGCAUCCUCCCUGUCAUCAGCGCUAUAGAAGCCUUUGAUUUGUCAAUCUCAGAGGUCCUGGAAUGCCUUAUUUUAAUAAUAUCUCUGAAAUCAAGGGAAAUUUGCCACUUAUCAAUUAUUUCUUAUUUAAAUAAGUUAAAUACCAUGACAUUUUAAAACAACAAAUUUUAAAAGCAACAACUGUUACACCCAGGCCCCUUGCUGUCCUUCACUUAAUCUACUUGUGCUAUAAAUGGUCUCUUCCUAUUAUUCCCGCCCAUUUAGUCUAAGUGUACUCCUCCCAGCCUGCUUGAACACACUGGUUGUGAGGGUUAAGUUCGUGUGUCAAGUUGGCUAGGCUAUAGUGCCCAAUUGCUUAAUCAAACACCAGUCUAGAUGUUGCUGUGAAGGUAUGUUUGAAAAAAUAUCAUUAACAUUGAAACUGUAGACUGAAUUGAAGCAGAUUGUCCUCCAUAAUGUGGCUGGGACUCAUCUAAUCCAUUAAAGACCUGAAGUCCUCUGAGGAGAGAGAAUUGUGCCUCCAGAUUGCCUUUGGAUUCACGACUGUAGCAUUAACACCUGCCAGAAUUUCCAGACUGCUGGCUGGCCCCACAAAUUUCAAAUUUUCCAGCCCCCACAAUCACAUGACCCAAUUCCUUACAAUAAAUCUGUGUGUGUGUGUGUGUGUGUGUAUACAUCCCACUGGUUCUGUAUCUUUGGAGAACCCUGACUACUAUGCUAGUCCAGAGUUGUGUCAUAAUAUGUAAAAAUAAAAUCCAUUUGCAUUAUAUUACAUAAUCAUAUUGCAGCACAUGCCAUCUCACAAUUCUUUCCAUCCAUCAUAGAAAUAUAUUAAUGGAGCUAUUUUGCCUUAUAAAUGCUCAGUGCUAUUUAUUCUAAUUGUUCUGUUAUUCUGCCCAAAUUUUGAAAUAUUACUGUUUUGUUAUUUUUAGGAGCUCCAAUAGUUAGAGAUUCCAGAUAAUAAUGAAUAGAAGCAUUUUUUAAUUUUACAAAUGGUUGUUUUAUCUCUCUUCCUAGUCUGUCUGACAUCUCUAGUUCUGGUUCUUUAAUAUUACCAAGUUGCUUGUUAAAUGUCCUCAGUGAAAAUGAGAUCGUUUUUGGAGCAAACUAAGCACUUAACUGUGUUCUACUUAAUUGGGCCCCAAACUGUGUUUUUCAUAGAAUGCAGGAUAAACUAUAUCCCUUGAAAAUACAGCAGAGAUGUACAAGACCUUUGACUCACCUGCUGGAACUGGGUAAGCCCUUGGGAUUCUUAGCUGUCUUAGACAGUCUCUCAAAUAGACCCAGAUUCACUAUUCACCACAAUUGCUACCAUCUGCUGAGCACCUCUUAUGCUGUCCUGCUGCCUACAGUCACUUCUUGCCUGUGUGUCAAGUUACACGGACACAGUGAGAGCUUCAAUUUCCUUAUGGGUAAAUUUAAGGAGAAAUAGUACCUGUCUGAGAGUGGUGGUAGAGUCAUCAAGAUAGUAUGUGCAAAUUGCCCAACCAGUGCCUGGACCAUAAUGAGUUCACAAUAAAGAGUUAUGAUUAUGAUUAUGAUUAUGAUUCAGCCAAAAUAAUUAUAAGCUAUGACCUUACCCUCACUUUAAGAAAAAUGCUUUUGUGUUCACACCUAGAACUGUGGAGCUACAUCAUGUUGCGGGGCCUCGAGAAGGGAAACCUAGCUGUACGAAGGUAUUCCAAACAUUUAUUCAGGCCCAGGCACCCUGCCAGGCAUUAUGUAGUACAAAAGGAGUAUGCCUGGUGCUUGCCCUCAAGGAGUUAGAAGAGUAGGCUUUAACACACUGGACUUAAAUCCUUCACCCUGUAGCCAAGACCAUAAAAGCUCAGCAUGAAAAGUAUUCAGUGUUGGCCAACUGUCAAUGGUGUGAAUAAGGUGGUAAUGAUGGCUCACUCUUGAGACCUGAAUUAUUAUUCUCUGUGCCCCAAUGCACCCCCCCAUAUCCAGUCCCAGAGUGUAAAUUCUAGGAGAGAAUGGUUCUCAUUUGUUCACUGUCACAUCCCCAAACCUGGUGCACUGUAGGUGCUCAGUAAAUGUUUGUUAAAUGAGUAUUUGUGUAACACUCUAUACAAACUACAUUCAUAUGCACU